ACUAAGGUCACUGCUGUCAUUCGGUUUCUUACCAGCCGACAGCCGAAAGAGGCGGAGGAGACCCAGCGAGGAAGGUGCAAGAAAGAACCAGCAAAACCAGCAAUAUGUCUCUGUCUACCAAACUCACCCUGGACAAGGUGGACGUCAAGGGGAAGCGGGUCAUUAUGAGGGUUGACUUCAAUGUUCCCAUGAAGGACAAGCAGAUCACAAAUAACCAGAGGAUCAAGGCGGCCGUUCCCAGCAUCCAACACUGCCUGGACAAUGGGGCCAAGUCCGUCGUGCUGAUGAGCCACCUGGGCCGUCCUGAUGGAAACUUCAUGCCUGAGAAAUACUCCCUGGAGCCCGUUGCUGCUGAGCUCAAGACCCUGCUGGGAAAGAAUGUCACCUUCCUGAAGGACUGUGUAGGUCCGGAGGUGGAGGCAGCCUGUGCUGACCCUGCCGCCGGAUCCGUCAUCCUGCUGGAGAACCUCCGCUUCCAUGUCGCUGAGGAGGGAAAGGGCAAGGACACCGCCGGAAACAAGACCAAGGCCUCCCAGGGAGAGAUCGACUCCUUCAGAGCAUCUCUGUCUAAACUGGGAGACGUUUACAUCAACGAUGCUUUCGGCACGGCUCACAGAGCUCACAGCUCCAUGGUGGGAGUGAAUCUGCCUCAGAAGGCAGCUGGUUUCCUGAUGAAGAAGGAGCUCGACUACUUUGCCAUGGCUCUGGAGAAACCUCAGAGGCCCUUCUUAGCUAUCCUCGGAGGAGCGAAGGUGAAAGAUAAGAUCCAGCUGAUCAACAACAUGUUGGAUAAGGUCGAUGAGAUGAUCAUCGGUGGUGGCAUGGCCUUCACCUUCCUCAAAGUCCUCAACAACAUGGAGAUUGGUACGUCCCUGUUCGACGAGGAGGGGGCCGGCAUCGUCAAAGACCUGAUGGCCAAAGCCGAGAAGAACGGCGUCAAGAUCACGCUUCCUGUCGACUUCAUCACCGCCGACAAGUUUGAUGAGAAAGCCGCCACCGGCACUGCGACCGUCGCUGCUGGCAUCCCCACCGGCUGGAUGGGUUUGGACUGUGGACCAGAGAGCUCUAAGGCCUAUGCCGAAGCCGUGGGCAGAGCCAAGCAGAUCGUGUGGAACGGCCCAGUCGGUGUGUUUGAGUGGGACAACUUUGCCAAAGGGACAAAGAACCUGAUGGACAAAGUGGUCGAGGUGACCAAACAAGGGUGCAUCACAAUCAUCGGUGGGGGCGACACUGCCACCUGCUGCGCCAAGUGGAACACAGAAGACAAGGUCAGCCACGUGAGCACAGGAGGCGGUGCCAGUCUGGAGCUGCUGGAGGGUAAAGUCCUGCCCGGUGUGGACGCCCUCAGCAGUGCCUAAACUUCCCAUCAGCCCACUGGUGUGUGUGGGUGUGUGUGAGUGAGUGUAUGAGAGGUGGGUAGCUACUCAGCCAGACUCCUGUUUACUAAAAAAAAAUUAAAAAAAACCCACACCUGCUUUAUCAGCCAUUUCAUCAUGUAUUCAGGCUUUGUUUUGCCAGCUGUGGGGAAUAAUUUCCUAUCCCUCAGUUCUAUCGAUGGUGUCCGUAACACAAAGAGCUCUCUGCCUUAUUUUAACACACUGAUGAAACACCUCAAGUCAAACUGCUGGAAAUAGGAGUCAUUACUUGACAUUGAUGACUGCUGUUAGAGAAUUAAAACCUGUUAAGACUAAAAGAAAGAUCAAAUGGCUCAUUAUGGUGGAAGAUGUUUUUUGCUCAGGUGAUAAAUUUACCUGUUGAUCUCUUGAAUGGACAACUGAAACACCGGAGACACUCUCCACAGCGUUACCAUCACCUGAAUUUGGGUCUAAACAGCAGCAUUCUUCUUUGCUUCUCCGCUCGUUUCCUCUCGGAUUCAUCGAGAUCUCUGCUGUUUCUUUGGAAAAUCACGAGAGGAGUCGACAGUGUUUGCCCCCAACAAACUCAAACACUGGCUCUUGUGUGUGUGAAUGUGCGUAUUGCUGCGUCACUUUUCCAUAGCCGCCCUGAAACGUCACUGCACCCCCCUCAACAGUGUGUAUACAUACAGUACAUAUAUAUAUAUAUAUAUAUAUAGAAACGGUUAUUCUGUGCGUGUGUGUACCCUAGAGGUUAUAUUUCCUAUCUGUUUACACUAACGUCGGCUCUGGUCAUCUGUCUUCUCUGGAUGUUGGUUUCUGAGCAGUGUCAGACUGAGGUAUGGUGUUGAUCUCAGUCGAUCUGUUCAGGUUAAUAAAACCGUCUCUGUGUAAAACUUU